CACUUCCUGGUCGUGACGUCACGCGGAGAGCGGCCAGCCUCCGUCGCUGCUGUGUAGUGGGUAGUGUGUAGUGUUUAGUGUGUUGUUUGGCGGAGCAGCAGCGGGACUAAGUUCACAUUGUCCGCUAAAAAAGCCACAAAAAGCACCCGCCUCGACCUCGGACGCCGGCAAAAACGAAGAAUUGACAUUUCCGGUGGAGAAAAGCCGUCGUUUGCGCUCUCAGCUUCUCCGUUUCCGGAUAUUAGCGCGCAGUUUUGCUGGAACAUUUGACUAUUUUUUUUUGUUUCUUCCUUCUGGGAUAACUUUUCCUCCUUUUUUUCUUCCAUCUUUGGAGCAUGGAGACGCCGAGGUAACAAGGCGGCGGUCUUUGCCGGCGUAGCGAGAAGUCCAGCUCCCGGCUGGAGUUCGCCAAGGUCGCUUCCCGAUGAUGACAGUAAACAUGGAUGAUGUUCCCCAAAAUGGACCCAGACCGCCCCGGAACCUCCAAGAUGACGAGGAGGCGCUCCACUCCAUCAUGAAAGACCUGGCAGCCCUGGGGUGUUGUUACACGCAGAACAGCCACAAGCCCAAGAGCAGAAGUUUACUGUACAAGCAGGACUUGAGAGUCAAGUUGGAGCAUGAGAGAGAAAAACGGAUCAUCCCCUUCCAGCGGCCGCUGAAGAUCAAGGAGCUGCUGCAGAAAGUGACAGAAGCCUUUGGCCAGCAGAUGGAGAUGUUCUUCAUGGAGAAGGAGCUGCUUCUGCCCCUGAAGACCCAGGAAGACCUGGACCAGGCCGUCUUGUCUCUGAGCUGCAGCACCGUGACCAACGGCCUGCUGCGGAUCCUGCUCAAGACCCCCAAGAACAACCAGUACCUGCAGGUGGCCAGCAGGGACAAGCAGAGCGAGAUGAGGUCGUCGCGUUCGCUGGGCGACCUGAAAGGCUCGUUACUGAAGGGCUCGGCGGAGCGAGUGCGCAAACAUUCCACAGGGUCCCUGCACACAGGCCGCACGUCGCCGCCCCCAGGCAGCGUCCCCGAGGAGCAGCAGCAGAUCGCCCGCCAGGGCUCCUACACCAGCAUCCACAGCGAGGGCGAGUUCAUCCCCGAGACUCAGGACCUCGGCAUGCUGGAUCACUUUGGCAGCGCGGGAAACUCGCUGUCGAGCAGCUGUCAAUCAAUCGACCAGGCACUGGACAGUCCACCUUUCUCACAGAACAACCGCGACAACAAUUACAUGAACCUCAACUACGAAUACAAAGGUCGCCACGGGAAAGGAGGAACAUUCCCCCGCCAGCUGCAGCUGCCCAGUCGGAGCAAAGACUACGGAGAUCGUCGCAGGACACUCCCACGCAGUUUCAUGCCGCAGGAAAACCUGUUCCAGCUGGUUCCUUCCAGCCGCACGCGCAGCUACAACGGAGACAGCACCUUGCAGUACAGCGAGCUGCGUCAGCGCGGGACGGCCAAAUCACCGCGAGCGCCGGUCAACUGGCGGCGAGGCAAGCUGCUGGGCCGCGGCGCCUUCGGGGAAGUCUACCUGUGCUACGACGCCGACACGGGCCGCGAGCUGGCCGCCAAGCAGGUGCCCUUUGACCCCGACUGCCAGGAAACCAGCAAGGAAGUCAACGCUCUGGAGUGCGAGAUCCAGCUGCUGAAGAACCUUCGCCACGAGCGCAUCGUCCAGUACUACGGUUGUCUGCGGGACUUGGACCACAGGAAGCUCACCAUCUUUGUGGAGUUCAUGCCCGGGGGCUCCAUCAAGGACCAGCUGAAGGCGUACGGGGCGCUGACAGAGAAGGUGAGCAGGAGGUACAGUCGUCAGAUCCUGCAAGGUGUGUCCUACCUGCACAGCAACAUGAUCGUGCACAGAGACAUCAAAGGCGCCAACAUCCUGAGGGACUCGUCCGGGAACGUGAAGCUGGGAGACUUCGGGGCCAGCAAGCGCAUUCAGACCAUCUGCAUGUCUGGCACGGGCAUCAAGUCUGUGACCGGCACCCCCUACUGGAUGAGCCCGGAGGUCAUCAACGGCGAAGGAUACGGACGCAAGGCGGACGUGUGGAGUGUGGCGUGCACGGUGGUGGAGAUGCUCACCCAGAAGCCCCCCUGGGCCGAGUACGAGGCCAUGGCGGCCAUCUUUAAGAUCGCCACCCAGCCCACCAAGCCUGUCCUCCCGGAGGGCGUGUCCGACGCCUGCAGGGACUUCCUGCGGCAGAUCUUCGUGGAGGAGAAGUGGCGACCCACCGCCGACGCCCUGCUGGCCCACGCCUUCGUGCAGGGCGGCUUCUGACCCCGCCCACCUGGUCCAGGUCAGGCCGCCGGGGUGGACCCUGUGACGGGAGGGGGCGUGGCCUGAGCGGCGAGAAAGCACUUUUGCGGCCUUCUUUUCCCACUCCACAAAAACACAGACUUGUUGAAGUAUUGUUUGUACUGUAAACUCUUUCUUACUCCAAAUAUUGUCUACCCACACGCCUUACCACCACCAUUGUGCACCAACCUCGUCACACGCCUUACCACCACCAUUGUGCACCAACCUCGUCACACGCCUUACCACCACCAUUGUGCACCAACCUCGUCACACGCCUUACCACCACCAUUGUGCACCAACCUCGUCCUGAGGCUCUGCUGACUUUGCACAUAAUCACUUGUUUAUAUCACCUCCAUUUUAUACUCCUUUUAUGCGCCCCGCCUUGGGGGGGGCUAUGACGCAAUAGUGGGUGGGGCCAUGACGCAAUUGUGGGUGUGUCCAUGACGCAAUAGUGGGUGUGGCCAUGACGCAAUAGUGGCUGUCAAUGAGGCAAUAAUCGGUUUCCAUGACGCAAUAGUGUGUGUCCUUCGUGUGUGUCCAUGACGCAAUAGUGUGUGUCGAUGACACAAUAGUGUGUGUCCAUGACGCAAUAGUGGGUGUGUCAAUGACGCAAUAGUGUGAGUCUAUGACGCAAUAGUGUGUGGCCAUGACGCAAUAGUGUGUGUCCUUUGUGUGUGUCCAUGACACAAUAGUGUGUGUCGAUGACACAAUAGUGUGUGUCAAUGACGCAAUAGUGUGAGUCUAUGACGCAAUAGUGGGUGGCCAUGACGCAAUAGUGUGUGUCCUUUGUGUGUGUCCAUGACGCAAUAGUGUGUGUCCUUUGUGUGUGUCCAUGACGCAAUAGUGUGUGUCCUUUGUGUGUGUCCAUGACGCAAUAGUGUGUGUCCUUUGUGUGUGUCCAUGACGCGAUAGUGUGUGUGUCGAUGACACAAUAGUGGGUGUCAAUGACGCAAUAGUGUGAGUCUAUGACGCAAUAGUGUGUGUCCUUUGUGUGUGGCCAUGACGCAAUAGUGUGUGUCCUUUGUGUGUGUCAUUGACACAAUAAUGUGUGUGUCGAUGACGCAAUAGUGGGUGUCAAUGACGCAAUAGUGUGUGUCCUUUGUGUGUGUCAAUGACGCAAUUGUGGUUGGCCAUGACGCAAUAGUGUGUGUCAUCGACGCAAUAGUGUGUGUGUCGAUGACGCAAUAGUGGGUGUCAAUGACACAAUAGUGUGUGUGUCGAUUACGCAAUAGUGUGUGUCCUUUGUGUGUGUCAAUGACGCAAUUGUGGUUGGCCAUGACGCAAUAGUGUGUGUCCUUUGUGUGUGUCAUCGACGCAAUAGUGUGUGUGUCGAUGACGCAAUAGUGGGUGUCAAUGACACAAUAGUGUGUGUGUCGAUUACGCAAUAGUGUGUGUCCUUUGUGUGUGUCAAUGACGCAAUUGUGGGUGGCCAUGACGCAAUAGUGUGUGGCAAUGACACAAUAGUGUGUGUCCUUUGUGUGUGUCAUUGACACAAUAGUGUGUGUGUCGAUGACGCAAUAGUGGGUGUCAAUGACGCAAUAGUGUGUGUCCUUUGUGUGUGUCAAUGACGCAAUUGUGUGUGUCCAUGACGCAAUUGUGUGUGUCCAUGACGCAAUAGUGUGUGGCCAUGACACAAUAGUGUGUGUCCUUUGUGUGUGUCAAUGACGUAAUUGUGGUUGGCCAUGACGCAAUAGUUUGUGUCCUUUGUGUGUGUCUAUGACACAAUAGUGUUUGUCAAUGACGCAAUAGUGUGUGUGUCGAUGACGCAAUAGUGGGUGUCAAUGACACAAUAGUGUGUGUGUCGAUGACGCAAUAGUGUGUGUCCUUUGUGUGUGUCUGUGACGCAAUAAUGGGUGGCCAUGACGCAAUAGUGUGUGUCCUUUGUGUGUGUCUAUGACGCAAUAAUGGGUGGCCAUGACGCAAUAGUGUGUGUCCUUUGUGUGUGUCUAUGACGCAAUAAUGGGUGGCCAUGACGCAAUAGUGUGUGUCCUUUGUGUGUGUCUAUGACGCAAAAGUGAGUGUGUCCAUGACGCAAUAGUGUGUGUGUCCUUUGUGUGUGUCUAUGACGCAAUAAUGGGUGGCCAUGACACAAUAGUGUGUGUCCUUUGUGUGUGUCAAUGACGUAAUUGUGGUUGGCCAUGACGCAAUAGUGUGUGUCCUUUGUGUGUGUCUAUGACACAAUAGUGUGUGUCCAUGACGCAAUAGUGUGUGUCCUUUGUGUGUGUCUAUGACGCAAUAAUGGGUGGCCAUGACGCAAUAGUGUGUCCUUUGUGUGUGUCUAUGACGCAAAAGGGAGUGUGUCCAUGACGCAAUAGUGUGUGUCCUUUGUGUGUGUCUAUGACGCAAUAAUGGGUGGCCAUGACGCAAUAGUGUGUGUCCUUUGUGUGUGUCUAUGACGCAAUAAUGGGUGGCCAUGACGCAAUAGUGUGUGUCCUUUGUGUGUGUCUAUGACGCAAUAAUGGGUGGCCAUGACGCAAUAGUGUGUGUCCUUUGUGUGUGUCUAUGACGCAAAAGUGAGUGUGUCCAUGACGCAAUAGUGUGUGUCCUUUGUGUGUGUCUAUGACGCAAUAGUGUGUGUCCUUUGUGUGUGUCUAUGACGCAAUAAUGGGUGGCCAUGACGCAAUAGUGUGUGUCCUUUGUGUGUGUCUAUGACGCAAUAGUGUGUGUCCUUUGUGUGUGUCUAUGACGCAAUAAUGGGUGGCCAUGACGCAAUAGUGUGUGUCCUUUGUGUGUGUCUAUGACGCAAAAGUGAGUGUGUCCAUGACGCAAUAGUGUGUGUCCUUUGUGUGUGUCUAUGACGCAAUAAUGGGUGGCCAUGACGCAAUAGUGUGUGUCCUUUGUGUGUGUCUAUGACGCAAAAGUGAGUGUGUCCAUGACGCAAUAGUGUGUGUCCUUUGUGUGUGUCUAUGACGCAAUAAUGGGUGGCCAUGACGCAAUAGUGUGUGUCCUUUGUGUGUGUCUAUGACGCAAAAGUGAGUGUGUCCAUGACGCAAUAGUGUGUGUCCUUUGUGUGUGUCCAUUAAGCAAUAGUGUGUGUGUCGAUGACGCAAAAAUGGGUGUGUCAAUGACGCAAUAGUGUGUGUCCUUUGUGUGUGUCUAUGACGCAAUAGUGUGUGGCCAUGACACAAUAGUGUGUGUGUCGAUGACACAAUAGUGAGUGUCAAUGACGCAAUAGUGGGUGUCCUUUGUGUGUGUCUAUGACGCAAUAGUGUGUGUCCUUUGUGUGUGUCUAUGACACAAUAGUGUGUGUCCAUGACGCAAUAGUGUGUGUGUCCAUGACGCGAAAGUUUGUGUGUCCAUGACGCAAUAGUGUGUGUCCUUUGUGUGUGUCCAUUAAGCAAUAGUGUGUGUGUCGAUGACGCAAAAAUGGGUGUAUCAAUGACGCAAUAGUGUGUGUCCUUUGUGUGUGUCCAUGACGCAAUAGUGUGUGUGUCGAUGACACAAUAUUAGGUGUCAAUGACGCAAUAGUGUGUGUCCUUUGUGUGUGUGUCCAUGACGCAAUAGUGUGUGUGUCGAUGACACAAUAGUGGGUGUCAAUGACGCAAUAGUGUGUGUCCUUUGUGUGUGUCCAUGACGCAAUAGUGUGUGUGUCGAUGACACAAUAUUGGGUGUCAAUGACGCAAUAGUGUGUGUCCUUCAUUUGUGUCAUUGACGCAAUAGUGUGUUUUGAUGACAUGAUAGUGUGUGUCCUUUUUGUGUGUCAUUGACGCAAUAGUGUGUGUUGAUGACAUGAUAGUGUGUGUCCUUUUUGUGUGUCAUUGACUCAAUAGUGUGCGUCAGUGACACAGUAGAAUGUGUCAUUUGUGUGUGUGUGUGUGUGUGUGUGUGUGUGUGUGUGUGUGUGUGUGUGUGUGUGUGUGUGUGUGUGUGUGUGUGUGUCCAUUGCAGCUGUUGGCCAAAGAAGAGAAUGUGUCAGAAUCCCAUUGCCAGUAUUACCACAAACCCCCAAAAGCAGUGAAGUUGUCACUUUGUGUAAAUAGUAAAUAAAAACAGAAUACAAUGAUUUGCAAAUCCUUUUCAAUGGCCGACAGGUCUGGACUACAGGCAGGCCAGUCUAGUACCCGCACUCUUUUAUUAUGAAGAGUGUUGUAACACGUGGCUUGGCAUUGUCUUGCUGAAAUAAGCAGGGGCGUCCAUGAUAACAACAUGUAUGUACCUUUCAGCUUUAAUGGUAUGUAUGGACCAUUCAGCAUUAAUGGUGCCUUCACAGGUGUGUAAGUUACACCUGCCUUGGGCACUAAUGCACCCCCAUACCAUCACACAUGCUGCCUUUUACACUUUGCACCUUGAACAAUCCGGAUGGUUCUUUUCCUCUUUGGUCCGGAGUUCCCAAAAACAAUCGGAAAUGUGGACUCGUUAGACCACACUUUGCAUCGGUCCAUUUUAGACGAGCUCGGGCCCCAGCAAAGCCAGCGGCGUUUUCCGGGUGUUGUUGAUAAAUGGCCUCGGAAGGUGAAUAUCUUCUCAAUUAAAUAUAUGUUGUAUUUUCAUUUUAUUUACCAUUUACACCAGGUGACAUUUCCUUUGUCUUCUUCCUGUACGCGUCAGCUUCCGAUGCAAUGUUGUGUUGUUGUUGUGUUGGCUGAGACAACACGGAGGACACACGUGUCAAUCACAUCCCCGCCUGUGACACUUUGAACAAACAUGAUCAAAUCUUUCUGUGCCUUACUUCUUGUAAAAAAAAACCAUAUUUUAUAUGAAACAAAAAUAUAUAUAUAAAUAUACUGUAAAUACACAUCGUUCUGCACUUUUCUAUGAGCUUUUUUUUUCCCUUUUUUGAAACGCUCAAAGGCUUUGAAUUUGUCUCAACAAUUCAAACUGUAUUCUUUUGUACAUUUAACUUAAUAAAUCAAAGGUCCAAGUCCCUUUCCCCA